UCGCUCGUCGAAUCGGCGAAGUUCGUCAAUGUGUUUUAGGCGAUCAGUUAUUCAGUGAUGUCGACUCGAACGAACUGUCAGUGUGAAUUCGAUCGAUUGUAUACAAAAAUCGUAUAAAUUGUCGUGAAAAGGUCGCGUAUUUUCGGAGACUGGAUUUGCGACGAGAAGCCACGCGUGGGCGUUCACCGGCCGGCGUCGUUGUCGAUGCAGCAGCGCGCCGCUAUGUAGGCAACUUGCACUCUUCUCGAGCGAUGAGUCGUUUAGGCUGAAUUGAAUUACGCGUCGUAUCGUAUAUCUGCAACUUACAAAAAAGGGGAGCCAAAUGCGCUCUCGACAACGCCCAAGCCAACAGCUGUACGCCCUAACCAAGCUCAAGGGAUGCUGCUGUCGGCGUCGAUAAAUUUGGCCGCCUUAGCGACCAACACCUUCCACUCCAGUGAUGCCGGGUGGAACGCCAGGGACGCCUUCAUCCAAAGCGAAGGAGAAGCUGAUGAUACGCAACAAAGUAGUCGUCGCUCUAUAUCCUUUCCGAGCUAUCGAAGGUGGCGAUCUGUCUCUCGAGAAGGGAGCAGAGUAUGAGGUGCUCGAUGAUUCACAGGAACACUGGUGGAAAGUCAAAGAUGAGCACGGAUCAAUCGGCUACAUUCCCAGCAAUUACGUGAAAGAGAAAGAGCUGCUCGGUUUACAAAAAUAUGAGUGGUACGUGGGAGAUAUGUCAAGGCAACGCGCUGAAUCUCUUCUCAAGCAAGAAGAUAAGGAAGGCUGCUUUGUUGUUCGUAAUUCAUCUACAAAGGGCAUGUAUACCUUGUCCCUCUACACAAAAGUCCCUCACCCUCACGUGAAACAUUAUCACAUCAAGCAGAAUCAGCGAGGUGAAUUCUACCUCUCGGAGAAACAUUGUUGCGGCUCGAUUCCAGACCUCGUUAAUUACCACCGUCACAACAGCGGCGGACUGGCUAGCAGACUUAAGGCCAGUCCAUGUGAUCGUCCCGUUCCACCGACUGCCGGCCUUAGCCAUGAUAAAUGGGAAAUCGAUCCAGCAGAGCUGCACUUGCUGGAAGAGCUUGGAUCUGGUCAAUUUGGCGUAGUGCGUCGAGGAAAAUGGCGUGGCUCUAUCGACGUCGCCGUGAAGAUGAUGAAGGAGGGCACCAUGUCCGAGGAUGAUUUUAUCGAAGAAGCUAAAGUCAUGACGAAAUUGCAACAUCAGAAUCUAGUUCAGCUGUACGGUGUGUGCAGUAAAGAUAGGCCUAUCUACAUUGUAACAGAGUACAUGCGUCACGGAUCUCUACUGAACUACCUCCGUCGUCAUGAAGCUACACUUGGAUCGAACGUGGGACUGCUUUUAGAUAUGUGCAUACAGGUUUGCAAAGGAAUGGCGUAUCUGGAAAGGCAUAAUUAUAUUCACAGGGAUUUAGCUGCUCGCAAUUGUCUCGUUGGCUCAGAAAAUGUCGUCAAAGUAGCAGAUUUCGGUCUAGCUAGGUAUGUAUUGGACGAUCAAUAUACCAGCAGCGGUGGAACGAAGUUUCCAAUAAAAUGGGCUCCUCCCGAGGUCUUGAAUUACACCCGAUUCAGCUCAAAAUCCGAUGUUUGGGCUUAUGGAGUACUCAUGUGGGAAGUAUUCACAUGUGGUAAGAUGCCGUACGGACGUCUAAAGAAUACCGAAGUCGUCGAGCGUGUUCAACGUGGAAUUAUUCUGGAGAAACCGAAGGCUUGCUUCAAAGAGGUUUACGAGGUGAUGAGGAAAUGCUGGGCCCACUGCCCAGAAGUCAGACCGUCUUUCCGUGCGUUAAAAGAUCAGCUGCUCAACGUAUCUCAAGGUCUGCUCAAUGAUUGACUCAGUCUCCUGCGGUGCUUACGUUUUUCCUCGCCGA